CGGCUAUACGCCUAUUAACAUACCGAACUAAGCCCAACCUAAGAUCGUGUAUUAAUCGGUUAUUGGUGAAUCUGUAAUUAUAAUUACAUUAUCAGGCUUCAGUGACUUGGCCGAUCACCAUGGAAUGUUGCAUUAAUAAUUCAUAAGUGGGUAAGUGGAUAUUUAAAUGACUUUAAAUCAAGGUGUUGCAUAAUGCUGACACGGCGAAUUGUGGGAAUCGAACGGUGCUCGGAGCAUAGAACUUUACAGCAGCAAAUCAGUCGUUCUACGGUCAUAUAAGCACAAGGUAGCGAAACGAACAGAAUUUCCCAAAAUGCUUUACAAAUCUCUGGUGCUUUGCUUGGCGAUUAUUUUGUGUAUUCCGGCACAUUCCGAUGCCAAGGAAUAUCAGUUCAUCCCCGCUCGCUGCGAGGAGCGUCCUGAAGUCGGUCAGCAGAUCGGCGGUCCCUUAAGCAUAUGCAGUUUUCCACCAGACUACGCAAAGCCAGAUUCAGAGGACAUUCAGGCCGUGAUCAAACACAUAAAAAGCUUGCAAUUGGAUUAAGUCACACGAAAGUACGAAUAAUUGAAACGUUUAAAGAACUACACACUUUAUAUGCAUCAAGUCGCGCUCGGGUUCAUGAAAUCAAUAAAAUUAGCUAUAACUUUGUAUCUUAA